UUCCCCACAAACAGCGUCUCCAGUACUUUUCCUUUGUGACGGGGGAUGGAAGGGGAGGGCGGGAGGGCGAUGGAUAAAUGUGUGAGCGUCCACGUUGGAGCAGCCACAUCCAACAAGCUUCAGGAUGGAGUUCAGAGGAGUUUCCGUUCUGCUGGGAGUCCUGCUGCUCAUCCACUGUUCUCUCCAGCAGACUGCGUCAAGGAAGAAGCCGGUGAAGAAAGAUGCAUCAAGGGAUGCUGCCUUGGCGGAGAUGCAGAAACAGAUUGACGACAUUGUUCAGGAGCUCAACGUGCUGAAGGAGCAUCAGGCUCUGCAAACAGUGUGUUUAAAAGGUUUGAAGGUCCACAGAAAGUGUUUCUUGGUUGACCCUCUGAAGAAACGUUAUCACACUGCCUCUGAGGACUGCAACGCCCUGGGUGGCGUCCUCGGUGAGCCCACCUCCAGCGAAGAGAACGACCAGCUGAGGGACUACAUCCGACAGAGCAUCGGCCUGGACGAGCAGGUCUGGCUCGGAUUCAGCGACAUGGCCGUCGAGGGCCAGUGGUUGGACCAAACCGGCUUUAGCAUCACCUACAAAAACUGGGACGCAUCCAACUUCGGAUCUCCCCAGCCGGAUGGCGGCAAGUCCCAGAACUGCGCUGUCCUGUCGCCUUCCAGCGGGAAAUGGCUUGAUGAGAACUGUCGUGAGGAGAAGCCCUCAGUCUGCCAGUUCAGCAUAGUGUGAUCCCACUUAUCUCAUCAUGGACUCUAUACUUUGUAACAGCUGCUUUCUGUGUGCACUCUCCUGCUGCCUGCUACUUUAAAGAGCGGUUUAAACCAGUGAUUUACUGCUGCAUCUGGACCGAAAUCAGAUGUAGAAGUCACAGCUAUAGUUACAUAAACCAGGUUUUUGACAAAAGUGAUGUGCUGGUAUAUCAUUUGCAGCGUCCCUUGUGGUUACAAUAAAACCAGGAGUGAGACAGUCCACUCUAUACUAACUAAAUGUAGUUCAUUUUCUGUGUUUAACAAAAUAAAAUUAAAACUGUAUUCAAUAAUCUCUGACCAGAACACCGGUGGCCCUAAAAAAAAAGAAAAAGAUGAAGGUGCUGGCACCUUUCCUGAACUCAAGUAUUGGCAAAACAUUGCAUUUAUUUCCAUAUCUAAACACUAAAGCAGGUUCAUGUCUCAGUUUGAAAACUACUGGUCUAAACUUUGCUGCAUUCCAAUAAAAACACAAAAAAAAAACUGAGUAAAACUGCAAUUUUCACAUUACACUUGCAUUACUUCCUUGUACUAAACUCUGUAAUGUUUCCUUCAAUAAACGUUCAUUGUCAAUUUCUGCA